UUCAGCACUGAUCCAAAAUACAGCCCCAUGCUAACUACUAUGAAGAAAAUUAACUCUACUCCAGCCAAAACCAGCACAAACGCUGUGGAGAAGGGCACUGGCCUCUGCAGACUCUGUGCUGACACUGGUGGGAAAUAAACUGUGACCAAAGAGCUGCUUGCUGGAUCUAUUUUCUGCCUUCAUCAAAGGCAGCGUGGGGAGCUCCGUCCUUUAAAAAAAAGAAAAAUUAAAAGAGUUUGGCUGGAGUCUAAGUAAAUGUGUCCUUUGAGAGUAUGGGAAACAUUUGCUACCCUGAUUCACUCUAAGCUGUCGUUGAUAUAGAAGGUCUUCUUCAGUCAAGCUGGGAUCUGCCUAUGUGAGGACCCCGGGAUUUAGUCCAGUAAUAGCCUAAGCUGCCUUGCUAUGUUGGAUGGAGGGUUACUAGAUGUGUAACCCCAAAAGGAGGAGAAAGUGAGGCUCAAAACUGUUUUGAUUCAAUAUAUUGAACCCUUGUGGGUUUUGAAGAGGCUGAAGAAAAGUUCUUUUUGCUUUGUUUAUUGAACUUUUUUUAAAAUCUGAUUUAUUUAAAGCUGUAGAUGGAAAUUCAUAAAAAGUGUAGUCUGGAUGUGCUGAAAUGAGUUCUCUAGUGCAUGGAAAUAUUCCCAGCACUUGGAAAGCCAUGUCUUUGAGUACUGUUUGAACUACAGACAGUCAGCAGAGCCAGCAUUACUGUUUCUGCCAGUUUGACAACUGGUGCCUCUAUUUCACUACAGUUUGGACUCAGGGAAUAAGCAAAAUUUAAUUCUGAUAAAUAUAAGACAUGCUUUUCUUCUGUCAUUACAUUACUCUCUAUAACAUUUUGUCACACACAAAAUUACAGUAGGUUUCAUUGCCCAGCAUGGCACAAGGUGACAGAGGUGAGAGACAUUCUAAGUGUCACAGCACAGUGCUCCAUCUCAGAGGAAUGACCGGUCAGGAAUAUGGUGUGAGACAUCAGGAAAAGCAGAGGUCCUUGAAGGAUGGGAGAAGACAGUUUUGGCAGAGGCUCACUAUACUGAAGCUAGGUAUUUCAAUACCUUUCUCCUUCAGGACUGCCACACUAAAAGUCAUAAAUCUUUCCAUUUUCAAUUCCAGUCUGUGUUACAGUUCUGUAUUGCUGCAGGAGGGCUGACUCAGAAGGAAGAUGCUGUGGAUGAGCUCAGCGGGAUUUAUUCUGUUCUUGCUCUCUCACUGCACUGUGUCAGUGAGCACCAAAGAGGCAGUGGUCUUGGCUAAUGCCCACCUUCUCCCCCAAAGAGCCUACGAGAGACUGGUUAACACCAAUGAAAAAGACUAUCCAAGGGACUGUUUUGAGAUUUUUCAGCGCUCCAAAGGAAAUUCCAGAGAUGGUCUUUACAUCAUCCAGCCAAAGGAGGACCCUAUUGUUGUCUCUUGUAACAUGCAGGAUGGUGGCUGGACAGUAAUCCAGCACAUUACAGCCAAUAGUACUGUCGACUUUGAUAGGACCUGGCAGGAUUAUAAAUACGGAUUUGGCUCCAUUCAUGACAACCACUGGUUAGGAAAUGAAUAUAUGCAUCAGUUAACGAGCAGCUCUGUACAAUAUAUACUUGGAGUUAAACUUGUCAACCUAAACGCUGAAAUCAAAUGGGGACAGUAUGAACCAUUCCUUAUUGAAGAUGAAGAGUCUCAAUACCGAAUCAGGGUUGGUCUAUACAAAGGCAAUGCCACUGAUGCUCUGACCCUGGACACAGAAGCUUAUCUCCAUGACAACCAGAAGUUCACCACCAAGGACAGGGACAAUGACAAUUACUUUCAGAAUUGUGCUAAACUGGAGCACAAUGGCAUUCCCGGGGGAGGCUGGUGGUAUGACGCAUGUGCUGGAGCAAAUCUAAACCGCAGGAAUGUGAUAUACUGGCAAAAGGACUGCAACAAGCAACGCAUGUGCAAGUUUGCAUGGAUGAUGAUCAAACCCAUUGACCACAGCCUGCCAUAUCCAACAAAGUCCUGUCCAUGUCCGAAAGUUGAACUGUAGAUAAGCCAUGUGUACUUUGAAAGGAACAAGGAUUCUUUGUCCAGUACCUGGAGUGAACUCACACUGACUGAAUAAUCACACUAAUAAUCAUGACUGAUAAUUUAAUUUGGGCCUCUGCAAGGGCUUUACGACGGCGUAUCUUCCAGGACUGCACCAGGACAUAGACAUCUACCAACCACACAAAUGAGAAGUCACUGUCAGAAACUGAGGCCUCUACCAGCAGAUUUAAAUAAUUAAUUUUAUAAUAUUUUAGCCCUAAGAGGAGUCAGGUAUGAAAUCCAGGAUAUGAUGUCUUGUAUAAUAUACACAUGAAUAUACAUGCAUUUCAGAAGGUUUUCCUCCAGUAUGAAUGUCCACUGUUGAUCUCCUAUAAUUGCACAGCUUCACAUACCAUGAGGGAAGGAAAUUUCCAGUGAAGUACCUACAUUUACAAAAUGCAUAUUGGAGACUAUGGUGUACUACAGGGCAGCAUCAGGCCUUUCCUUUUUACCUUUAGUGAAAGAUAUUUUACUAUAUAAAAUUGGAAUUAGCCUCAUCUCCCAUAGCUUCUUUUCCCCUUCCUUGACUCUUCUUUUUAUCUCUACUUUUUAAUGAUCCCAUACACAAUGAAAUAUUUAGCAUAGGCUUUUCUUUUCUUCCUUCUUUUUAGAGCACCCAGAGCUAAUGGGAUCAUCAGCUUUCCCAUUUAAAGCUACUAAUCCAAAGCUUAAAACUUCUCUGAAUUUUUCCCCAAGAAACUCAGUGAACACGUUUUUUAAAAGAUCAAAUUGAUUUUGCUACUGUUCACUUAUUGCUCCAUUGGUUUCUGAAUAUUACUCCACUUUGUUUACCAUGUUUCGACUGUUGCUUCCCCCUGUUCCAUGAUGUGCUUCAGCUUU